AUUGAUGCAGUUAAAUCAUCGUUGGAACACCCAUUGUAGGACUUUUAUUUUGAAAAAGUGCCGGAAACGCUAUCUCUCGUCUUUAAACUCGUGUUUUCGUCACUGUACUGAACGGACUCAUCAACAGAGGUAAUGCUGCGGUGUCUUGUUAGCAGGUGCCUUUUGACCAAUCCCGUCGCCUGUCAGACAAGAAAGAUGUCAGGAGGCAGUCUUGCUGGGUCUCAAAGCAGUCUUGCAGGGAAGGUUGCCAUAGUCACUGCCUCCACAGAUGGAAUCGGUUUGGCUGCAGCCCAGGCUCUGGGGCAGAGAGGGGCUCACGUUGUGGUGAGUAGCAGACGGCAGUCAAACGUCGACAAGGCCGUGGCACUACUGCAGAGUGAGAAGAUACAAGUGACCGCGACGACUUGCAACGUUGGGAAUAGUGAAGACAGAGCUAGACUUGUUGACAUGACAGUGGAACAGUGUGGUGGUGUGGACAUCUUUGUUUCGAACGCUGCAGUCAACCCUUUCUUUGGGAACAUUAUGGACUCGACAGAAGCAGUCUGGGAUAAGAUCCUGGAUGUGAAUGUAAAGUCGGCCUUUCUUAUGACCCAACUGGUGGUGCCUCAUAUGGAGAAGAGGGGGGGUGGGAGUGUUGUGUUUGUGUCCUCUGUCGCUGGGUACCAGCCUAUGCAGGCACUGGGCCCUUACAGCGUGAGUAAGACAGCUCUGUUGGGACUAACCAGAGCCCUGGCCCCUGAACUGGCCCAGAGCCACAUCCGGGUCAACUGUGUGGCCCCUGGUGUCAUUAAGACCCCCUUCAGCCAAGCAUUGUGGCAGGACGAAGACGUUGUGGACGAGUUCAAGAAGCAGCUUAGCAUUAAAAGGUUUGGAAAGCCAGAGGAGAUCGGUGGAGUAAUCGCCUUCCUGUGCUCUAAGGAUGCGUCUUACAUCACUGGAGAGACGAUCACUGUGACUGGAGGGAUGAGCUGCAGACUGUGAGGCUGAUUGACUGGAAAGUGUUAAUAGAAUCUGGCAACACUGACUGACACUCAACGGAAACUAUGCUUUUGUAAUAUAAUGGACUGUAAGACAGGAAGAUUCACUAUACAUUUCAGUAAUUUCUUUCUCUCAAAAUCAAAUGACACGAAGCCAGGAAGCGAUGGGGAAGUGGACAGUCGCCACCACUGAUAUUCUUUCUGGGUAUGUUUUCCAGUGGGCACUAUACAGUUCAGUCAAUUAACAAAUAAACGGCAUGUUUUUUUGCUAAGCUUUUAAAGCUCCGUCACAGCACAUUGUAAGCAUUUGAGCUCACAAGCAGCGUCCAAACUCAGGCCAGUUUAUACCUACAUUGCCUUAAUAAAAAGGACUACACUGCUAUUCA